AUGCAAGUAAAACACAGAUUGAUAAAAAAAUCAAGAUUGUCAAAGGCGCAGAAGGACCUGCUUAACACCUAUUUUGAAAUGAAUCCGAAUCCGAAUCCUCAGGAGAGAGCUCAAAUUGCAUGCCAAUCACUAAUAUCCGAGAGUAAGAUUCGAAAUUGGUUUCAAAACAGGAGAGCUAGAGAAAGAGGCGAUUGUAAAGUGUCACCGUGUCUGAAUGGUCUUAAUACAAACACAAAUGUUCUUGAAAGCUAUAUUUCUAAGGUUCACCCAACAUCGAACGAUCUCUACAUUCGAAGAUAA